AUGGCAAGAUGCUACAUUCUUGCCGCUAUGGCAAAUGUGUUGCAGCAUCAACAUCAGUCCAUGACUACUGCUUAUGAUAUGCUUGAAUCUUUCAAAGAUAUGUUCGAAGAGCAAAAUCGUGCUACAAAGCAGACGACCAUGAAAGCUCUUUUGACCACAAAAAUAGUUGAAGAAACUUCGGUAAGGGAACAUGUUCUUAAAAUGACGAGUCUAUUGAACGAGCUGGAAAUUCUUGGUGCAGUUAUUGAUAAGGAGUCUCUUGUUGAGAUGGUCCUACAGACUCUGCUAGACAGUUUGCAGCACUUUUGCUUGAAUUAUAACAUGAAUAAGAUGGACUUAUCUCUUGUAAAACUAUUAAAUGAGCUGCAAGCGAUAAAAUCUAUUAUUAAGCAACAAGCUCCUCCUACGGCAUUGAUGGUUGACAAACCUUUAUCUUCGAUUUCUAAGUCGAAAGAGGAAAAAAAAAGAAUCCUCAUAAGGUUUCAAGUGCUAAUGGUGGUGUGGCUAAGCCUAAGGGCAAAUGCUAUCAUUAGAAGAAACUUGGUCAUUAUAAUAAAUAAUGUCCCAGAUACAUAA